GUACGCUGGGCGGGCAUUGUGAAGCUGUAGUUGAGUGUUAGCAGGCUAACUAGAGAAAGAAAGCUAACUAAUCGUGAGAGUGGAACUGGAGCUAACGCUAAAGGAAAAGACAACUGUCAAAACAGCCAGAGGAGCAGAAAUCUUAGAGAAGUGAUAAUUCCGUUAGGUGACUACAUGAUGUGUAGCUAGUUAAUCAAAGACCGUGUUUGUCAGAUGCCCGAGGAGUAUUUUGGAUACUACAUCGAUUGUCCCAUUUCCAAACGGAAACCAUUUCUGGACAUACAGUUCGUGCUAGGUAGCUAGCUAAGUGAAUCAUCCAGGAGACUUUUCAUUGUCACCUAAAAAACCCAAACUGAAUGUUUUGUCUGUCAUGAGUCCGGCCGGGUGCUCCCAUGUGAACGGUUAUAAGGUGGAUAAUUGGAAACAAAAUCUUCGAGUCAUAUACCAAUGCUUUGUUUGGAGUGGUACUGCUGAAGCCAGGAGACGCAAGGUGCUUCAGAGUGAUGCAGGAUGGACAGAGCUGGCCAAGUCGUGCAUCUGUCACAUGUGUGGUGCCCACCUGAACCGACUCCACUCUUGUCUCUACUGCGUUUUCUUCGGCUGUUUUACGAAGAAACACAUCCACGAGCACGCAAAAAACAAGAGACACAAUCUAGCGAUAGACUUAUUAUACGGUGGAAUAUAUUGUUUUGUGUGUCAAGACUACAUAUACGACAAAGACAUGGAGCAGAUUGCCAAAGAGGAACAGAGGAAAGCCUGGAAAUUGCAAGGCAUAGGGGAGAAAUACACAACAUGGGAGCCGACCAAGAGGGAGCUAGAAUUGUUACGACACAAUCCAAAGCGGAGGAAAAUCACUACAAACUGUACCAUAGGUUUACGAGGGUUAAUAAACCUGGGCAACACGUGUUUCAUGAACUGCAUUGUUCAGGCUCUCACACACACGCCGCUGCUGCGAGACUUCUUUCUCUCCGACAGACACAAGUGCGAGAUGCAAUCAAACUCCUGUCUGGUGUGUGAGAUGUCGCAGCUCUUUCAAGAGUUCUACUCGGGCCACCGUUCACCCCACAUUCCCUUCCGGCUGCUGCACCUGGUGUGGACUCAUGCACGUCACCUCGCAGGAUACGAGCAACAAGACGCCCACGAGUUCCUCAUCGCAGCUCUGGAUGUUCUACACCGGCACUGCAAAGGGGACACCAUCAGAGAUGACAAUGGGAAGAAGGCCAACAAUCCAAACCACUGCAACUGCAUCAUUGACCAAAUCUUCACUGGGGGCCUGCAAUCAGAUGUUACCUGUCAAGUGUGCCAUGGGGUUUCCACGACGAUAGAUCCAUUCUGGGACAUCAGCCUGGACCUUCCUGGCUCUUCCACACCUUUCUGGCCCCUCAGCCCUGGAGGGGAUGGCGGCACAGUGAAUGGAGAGAGCCACCUGUCAGGGGCCACCACCCUCACAGACUGCCUGCGCAGGUUUACGCGGCCCGAGCAUCUAGGAAGCAGUGCCAAAAUCAAGUGCGGCGGUUGCCAUAGUUACCAGGAGUCCACCAAACAGCUGACGAUGAAGAAGCUCCCCAUCGUAGCGUGUUUCCAUCUCAAACGGUUUGAGCACUCUGCCAAACUGCGGAGGAAGAUCACUACAUACGUUUCCUUCCCCCUAGAGUUGGACAUGACGCCCUUCAUGGCAUCCAGUAAAGAGAGCAGGAUGAACGGGCAGUAUCAACUGACGGUUGAUGUAUUAAACAACGACAAUAAGUAUUCCUUGUUUGCGGUGGUCAACCACCAAGGCACAUUAGAGAGUGGCCACUACACCAGCUUCAUCCGCCAGCACAAAGACCAGUGGUUCAAAUGUGAUGACGCCAUAAUCACCAAGGCCAGCAUUAAGGAUGUACUCGAUAGUGAAGGGUAUCUCUUAUUCUACCAUAAACAGUUCCUUGAGUACGAGUAGUCUUUGUGAGGACUGACCACGAAGAACCACUGCUUCUAACGAGAGAGUCAAGGGCCUGGGGACAGGAUGAAACAAAAACACACAAACCUACCUGAAACUCUUUGACUACCAGUCUACUACAGAGUCCAGCUCUGGAGGGCAACACAUAAAAAGACGUGUGAAAUCAUGCAACCUUUCAAAAGAAUACAAAAAAAAAACAAGCACUGAGCUACUUCUUGGCAUCUACUUGACAAAACUGAAUGAAGAGGAGAGAUGGAGGAGGAGGAAGAGUUCGGGCGUCGUCAGUUCCAGGCUUGGGCAGAGGGAAGAGGCCUCCCCCCACCCCCUCACCCUCUCUCCCCCCCUACCUGCUGCAGGGGGCGGUCUGAGUGUGACUGGCCGUCAUCUCCAUCGGGCACAUCUGGAUUUUUUUUCACAGUAUUCUGACCCCCUUCACCACCCGCCCCCCCCACUCACGCCCUCCAUUUCUCUCCCAUGGUGCUCUCGUUUUCAACUGACCAAGCGUUUAACUCGAUAGAAGACAGUUUGUUGUCAUAUGCAUACAGGACUGAACGCAAAAAAAAAAAAAGUAAGAAUAAUAAAAUCAACGUAUUAUGAACUUUGCAAGAACAUUUCUAAAGGUAUGGUUAUGAUUCUUAUCAUUUGUGAAUUUUGUUAUGAAAUACUGUAUGAAUCUAGUAUACAUUUAUUUUUUAAGAGCAAAAAAACAAAACAUGGGAGGGCUUAGAGACGCUGCCUUUGCCAGUUGCUGGGGAAGUGCUGCCAUGGAAACUAAGCAGAUUUGGACCUGAGUGUGCUCAUGUUCCAUUAUUUACUGUGUUGAUUGUUUUAUUAUUAAGUCUGGUUGAGGGCGGGGAAUAUCUAUUUUUUUUUAGCAACUCAUCACAUUUUUGUUUACUGUUCAUUUGUGUCUUUUAUUUUUUAAAUUUCAGUACAGCCAUGUGUCCCUCGCUGUCCUGGUACUGGAAAUGUCGUUUGACGUAUUAUACUUUCAUUCUUGUGGAAUUGUUGGUAUAAUGAUGGUGAUGGUUAAAUUGGCUCACCUUUUUGCUGUUUAUGAAUUGUAUGUUGAAUGUGAGCUUUGGGUUUCAUGUGGCAUUAUGAAGAGAAGACUCCAUACAUGAGGUCUUAUAAUGUGAGAAUGCUGUGGUCUCUUCUCAUUGAACACCUUGGAUGCUCUGCAAAAAAAAAAAAAAAAAAAAAAAAA